AUGGAUGCCAACCUGCCAGGCACCUUCCUGCUCAACGGCCCCUCGCUGGGCCCCUUCCCCGAGGCCAAGGCGCCCGUCUGCCAGUACUCAGUGCAGAGCUCCUUCUACAAGCUGGGCCCCCCCGGGCUUGGUGCCCAGCUGGCUGCCGGCACACCCCACGGCAUCUCUGACAUCCUCAGCCGGCCUGCGGCGACACCGAACAGCAGCCUCCUCCCUGGCUACCCCCACGCAGGCGGAUUUAACGGACUGAGCUCCCCAGGCGUCUAUUACGGGCCCCAGGUGGGGGCCCUCCCCAAGGCCCGCGCCGAGUACCUGCCACGGGGCCGGAGCUGCUGGGCAGAGAAGUGCGGCGGCCGGAAAUACAGCGGGGCUGUGGGGGCCCCUGCUCACCUGGCCGACAGCAUCCACAAGAAGAAGCACACGCGCCCCACCUUCACAGGGCACCAGAUCUUCGCUCUGGAGAAGACUUUUGAGCAGACCAAGUACCUGGCGGGUCCAGAGAGAGCACGGCUGGCCUAUUCUCUUGGCAUGACUGAGUCUCAGGUGAAGGUCUGGUUCCAGAACCGACGGACCAAAUGGAGGAAGAAGAGCGCCCUGGAGCCCUCCUCGUCCUCGCAGCGUGUAGGGGGCUCUGGCGGAGAGCGGGCAGCCUCUGAGACUGAGGACGACGAGUACAACAAGCCCCUGGACCCUGACUCGGAUGAUGAGAAGAUCCGGCUGCUGCUGAGGAAGCACCGCGCAGCCUUCUCGGUGCUGGGCUUGGGCACACACAGUGGCUGA